GGUUGUUUCCUGUGACCUACAGACGUCUGCUAUGUGUUGGGUCGCCGCCGAGACGUUGGUUGUUUCGGAUGAAUGUAAACUGAAAGAAAAAACUCGACGUGUUAACAGUCCGGCCCAUGAGAAGAAGACAGGUCACUGUGACGUGUACGGGAAUGGAGGCUGGCUCGAGCAGCCUGAGUAACUUAGCUCGAGCAGCCUGAGUAACCUCGCUCGAGCAGCCUGAGUAACCUGGCGCGAGGACCCUAAGAAACUUAGCUCGAGCAGCCUGAGUAACCUCCCUCGAGCAGCCUGAGUAACCUCGCUCGAGCAGCCUGAGUAACCUCGCUCGAGCAGCCUGUGUAACCUAGCGCGAGCAGCCCGAGUAUCGUAGCGCGAGCAGCCUGAGUAACCUGGCUCGAGACGAGAGAUAGUUAGGAACAGUCUGCUGCGCCCAGGUUCAAAGGUAACGAGAGGUGAUCCUAUCUGAUCUGUUAUCAUCUGUUCACCUACAGAGAGGGCUGGUGGCUACAGACGCCUUCAUUCUCAAGGGUUCGUUGUGUUUUCACGCGGCUCAUCCUAAAACAGAAACUUUCUUAUGAACGACCGUCUGGAUUUUACCCCGAGCUAGAUUUUCCUGAAGAAUAGACCAUUCAUGAGCGUAUACUGCUUUAUUCUGCGUCUGGAAUACUACCUGUGAUUAUUGGAAUUGUGUAGCAGUUUGACUUGCUUAGGCUACCGCAGUUGGAAAGUUAUGGCACUUUACGUGGGAGACCUGAGGAAGGGCGGGGCCAGCAGGGGAAUGGCUCAGUUCCAGGAGGUCAUGGUGCAGCAGCUGGAGAGCUCGAUGGACCAGGAGCUGGAGCACCUCCUGCACACUGCGUCGGGCAAUGAGAAGGAGGUGUCCAGGAAAGAUUUUGAGGGCUUCAAGAAGCUGUUCCACAGGUUCCUGAAGGUGAACGGCCCUUCAGUGGAGUGGAUCAAAAUCCAGCGCCCUCCAGAAGACUCGAUCCAGCCCUACGAGCGGGUAGCGUCCCGGGGCCUGCCUCACAGUGUGGCCGACUGUCUGGACAAGCUGGUGGUGGUGAAGCUCAAUGGCGGCCUGGGGACCAGCAUGGGCUGCAAGGGCCCCAAAAGCCUGAUCAGUGUCCGUAAUGAGAACACCUUCCUGGACCUCACCGUCAAGCAGAUAGAGCACCUGAACAAAACCUACAACACAGACGUUCCUCUGGUCCUUAUGAACUCCUUCAACACGGAUGAAGAUACCAAGAAAAUCCUGCAGAAAUACACACACCACCGUGUCAAGAUACACACGUUUAAUCAGAGCAGGUACCCGCGUGUAAAUAAAGAGUCCUUCCUCCCUGUCGCCACGGAGCUGGGCCUUACGGGGCAGAGUGCUGAGGUGUGGUACCCCCCUGGUCAUGGGGACAUCUACGCCAGCUUCUACAACUCUGGCCUGCUGGACCAGCUCAUUGCUCAGGGUAAGGAGUACAUCUUCGUGUCCAACAUCGACAACCUGGGUGCCACGGUCGACCUGCAUAUCCUGCAACAGCUGGUCAGCCAGCCCAACGGCAAGCGCUGCGAGUUCAUCAUGGAGGUGACGGACAAGACCCGCGCCGAUGUCAAGGGUGGGACACUGAUCGAGUAUGAAGGUAAACUCCGUCUGCUGGAGAUCGCCCAGGUCCCCAAAGCCCAUGUGGACGAGUUCAAGUCUGUGUCCAAGUUUAAAAUCUUCAACACCAACAACCUGUGGAUCAGCCUGGGCGCCAUUAAGAGGCUGCAGGAGCAGAACGCCAUGGACAUGGAGAUCAUUGUCAACCCAAAGACGCUGGAGGGCGGGCAGAACGUGAUCCAGCUGGAGACCGCCGUAGGGGCGGCCAUCAAGUGCUUUGACAACGCCAUGGGCAUCAACGUGCCUCGGAGCCGCUUCCUGCCCGUCAAGACCACGUCCGACCUGCUGCUGGUCAUGUCCAACCUGUACAGCCUGGACGCCGGCUCUCUGACCAUGAGCAGCAGGAGGGAGUUCCCCACCACCCCCCACGUCAAGCUUGGCAGCUCCUUCAACAACGUUCAAGAGUAUCUGACCCGUUUCGAGAGCAUCCCUGACAUGCUGGAGCUGGACCACCUGACGGUUUCUGGAGACGUGACCUUUGGAAAGCACGUCUCGCUCAAGGGGACGGUGAUCAUUAUCGCCAACCAUGGAGAUCGGAUCGACAUUCCCGCUGGUUCCCAGCUGGAAAAUAAAAUAGUAUCCGGCAACCUCCGUAUUCUUGACCACUGAGGGUCCCAUCGCCCCCCUACCCCACCACACUGGACCAACCACCUACCCCACCACAUUGGACCACCCCCCUACCCCAAUACUGGACCACCCCCUACCCCACCACAAUGGACCACUGAGGUUCCAUCUGAGGGUCCAUUCCAACAUCCCCCUGAGGGUCAACUCCCCGCUACUUCCUCACACGGACCACAUCAUGGAUCAUAGAAGAUAGUGAUACAAUUAGAUAUCAACCACAACAUGGAGAUCCAUUCUUAUCAGGACAUGGUCACAGCUCAGUGGGCGAGGGCGGGAUGCACAAGCUGAUCCGAGGCCUUCAAGAGUGCUGAAGAACUCUUGUCAUCCGGUAGGUUGAAGCUUUUUAGGUCGAGAGAUGGUGUCCUAGCAUCAUCUGUAAUCAGCUUUGCUCGUUUAAUGUCAAGCUUCCAGAUCCAACCUCAAGGAGAUGUGUGAAAUGCUGCUGGUAGUACGUAGAUGCUGCUGGUAGAUGGGGAGAAUUACUACAGUAAAACUCCAUGUUUAAAACAAAUAGGAAAUCUGUGUUGGGAUACGCAGAGGAGGAGUAUAACUUCACAUUACUUUACAUUUUAACUUUCACAUGAAUCUUUUUUGGCACUUUUCAUUUGAAUUCAGCUUUAACCUCUAUAAAUUGUGUAUAGCCAAUGCUAACCUUAUUUUGGAAUCUGAAUAGGAGCAAAACCAAUGUAGUGAUUAACUAUUUCUGUACAAUCCAAUUCAAUGUAGUGCCUAUGAAUCCCUGUCUUAUACAUCGCUGGGUCUCACGUGGGAUUUGACGCAGAGACCUGUUAGAUUUGCAUCGUUAAUAUAUUCAUUGAAGAUGAAUCGCUCUGAAACUAAAGUGAAAUGUUUAGUCUCUCUCUAAAUUGUGAUCUCUGGUUUUAUCAUACUUUUCACGAGUAGGCUAUUUUCAAUCAGGUCUAUGCAUCAUGACAAAUAGUCCUCAUGAUGUUACUUGUGUAGAAGAGUUUUAACAGCAUGUGGAAUCCAAUGUGUUUAAUAUAACUAAUUACUAUGAAAAAUUUCUGCAUUGCUGUGCUCUAUGCCCUCCAGAGUAGACUUACUCACCAUUGUGAUACUUUGAAGUCGUUAAUAUAAACAUCUGCUUGUCUUGUUUUGACGUUUUUACAUUAAUAUGGUAUGCUAUUUGGAAAAAUGUUAUCCAGGUGGGAUUAAUGUAGAUGACCAUUUAUUUCAAUUUGUUUUGUAGAAAAUGAAAAAAAACCUUGUUCAUUCCUUCAUUCCUUUCUUUCUUACCCUUCCGGCUAGUCCCAUUCAGCUAUCAGGGAAAAUAAUCAGUAUUUUAUCACCAAUUGUCAUUUAACACGCCCAACAGACAAACAUACAAAAUGUCAUGUUGACCUCUUCUGUAUGAGCAGAUACUGCGUGUUUGAUCUGAUGAGAAUGUUAACAGAGAGAGUUCCUUGAAAGCAUUGUGUUCUGAGACGUGAAAUCAACCCAGUUCUGAAUAAAGUGCAAUAUAAAGUAUUAACCACC